AUGAUCCUCUGUACAAGCCACACAGCCCCCCUGCCAGGGUUAUUUUUCCGCGCCGGCGCUGCCGUUCCGACCGUCCGCUCGUUUGCGCGCGCUCUCUCUCUCUCUCUCUCUCUCUCUCUCUCUCUCUCUCUCUCUCUCUCUCUCUCUCUCUCUCUCUCUCUCUCUCUCUUACCUCUGGGUUGUCGGCAGCACCAUUCGUCAACAACUGCUCUCUCUCAAAACUCUCUCCUCUACAAGCUCUCUCUCUCUCUCUCAAGCUCUCUCAAGCUCUCUCAAGCUCUCUCAAGCUCUCUCUCUCAAGCUCUCUCUCUCAAGCUCUCUCUCUCAAGCUCUCUCUCAAGCUCUCUCAAGCUCUCUCUCUCAAGCUCUCUCUCUCAAGCUCUCUCUUUCAAGCUCUCUCUCUCAAGCUCUCUCUCUCUCUCUCUCUCUCUCUCUCUUGACAAAGUCUACCAGGCCAUCUCUCUUGUGCUUGAAAGACGCUCGGCAAACAUGGGUGCCCAAUGCAGCUCGGCUCGCAAUGCGGAUGUCAGGGGUGAGGAUCCUCAAGAUGACGCCACGCCCACUACCAUAGCUCAGGUCACAAACACCAAACUCGGCGCAAAGGAGCGGGAUGCUGCAGCCAAAGGCUCGGCCGCUGCAAAACUGGCUCGAGCAAACAAGCAAGCUGUCGUGCCCUUGCCCGCAUCCGAGGAAGCUCGCGUAGCACAAUGCAACGCCUUUUGGAAAGCGCUCACCAAGAAUCAAAAAAGCGAGACGGAUUCCUUUUUUGCCGCGCCCAAGCCCGAUCCGAAACAAUACCCGCUGGAAAAAUACACCAUGUUGCAACGCUACUAUGAUGGCCUAGUCCGGUUGCGGGACGACAUUCUCGUCGCCAAAUUCCCGCUCCUGGCCCUGACAACAGAUACCUUUAUGGGCCUGGACAAGCUUUCUGCUUAUGAGGAGAUGCAAGACCAGCUCAUUAACAUCAGCGACAUGACGCCCGAGGACCGCAAAAAACACUACCUCAUCUUCCUCUCCCACCAAUGGACCGGAGGCACGCACCCAGAUGUGGACGGCUCGCAGCUCGCCAUCAUGAAGCGGGCUGUCCAGGCCUCUUGCGAGCAGCGAAAAAAACGCGUCAAGCAGCGGAAGGUGCUGAUUUGGGUGGAUUAUUGCUGCUUUCCACAGGCCGACACCAGUGAGGCACGAGCCGAACAGCAAAAGGCCAUUGACAGUCUGUGCGCAUACGUGCGGCAAGCGGACGACUUUGUGGCCGUGACGCCAGACGUGGAAGAUCAUUUCGAGGCGCGCCGGGCUGCUACGGGGCAGACGCGGCUGUCGCGUGAUACCUACCUGCAGCGCGGAUGGUGCACGGUGGAAUGCCUGGCCCGCGCCUGCGUGGGCCAGCAUGCCAAUUGCACGCAGACGGGCGACGAUUUUGAAGUGGUGGGCGGCGGCAUGGUCGAGGCCUCGGGCAACAGCGUCUACGGGUUUGAAUUUGGGGACGUGACAUCCAAACUGUUCCCCACGGAAAAGGACUUUACCUGUUGCUUUCUAGAACACCCCAAUGGCAUGGCAUGCGACAAGAGCCGCAUGGCCAACCUUCUUCUCGGCUGCUAUGCCCUGGCCGUCACAUCCCAGAUUGCGCAGGGUGGCUUGGAAAACUUGGUGACGGCAAGCACGACAUCUAAUAUUUCACACUUUCUCAUGUCGCCGUACAUCAAGGACCCACUGAUCGGCAUUGGCUUUGCUGGUCAAUUGCACUCUAACCUACACCGUCUGCUACCAGAACAAUGGUGUGCUUCAUCCCUCGCGACGUUGAAGUCCAUGUGCGGCCCGCCUUUGAGCCUGAGUAACCAUUCAUGGAGCAUGCAAUCCAAUGUGGCAUCGGAUUUCAUGGCCCUGCUGCUGGCUGCAAGUCGAUGUGGCCUCUUGCUGCGCGACCCCGAGCAGCGACGGCCCUUUGAUCCGUUUGGCAAGAUUGAAGACUUUGACUCGGACUCGGACGAAAAACCUUGGUAACAAUGUCAUAUUGAGCAUGAGAGUUGCACACGUGGAGAAGAUAAAAUGAUUGUAAACCAGCUGGGCGAGGCCUGGGAGGCAGGCGUGACACCUGAUCAUCAACAGGCUGGUCAACAGGGUGCAGGCGAUGCUUCAAAUUCGAUCCAACCC